AUGGACGCGACGCUCUGCAACCCUGUCCUCCUCCGGCUCAUCAUUGCGUACCAGCACGGCUGGUGGCCCGACAGCCGCGGCUUCCGCGACGACCCACUCAUCUUUGCGUCGUCCAACCUCAAGGAGCAAGUCGCUGCGUUUGGCGACCGGUUCGCGCCGUGGCUAGCGCGUCAUGGCCUCGACGGCGUCAUUGACCUUAUGCAACUCUACCCGCCGCUGGCUCCGUGCAUUGCGCUGCAUGCAGCGGCGACCGGCAACCGUCCGCUGGGUGCUGCUGCCAUCGCCGCGAGCAGCAGGUUCUCGUAUUGGGCCGAGCUCAUGGGCAACACCGCCUUGCUCCACGGCCAUUACGACCUCUUUAAAGCCGACGGCAUUCGUGUGUCGGUGCAAGCAGCACUCCAGAGCGGCAAUGAGGCGCUCGUGCGACGGCUCUACGCGGAGCGGCCACAAGACGUUGCCGACAACAUCGAGGCCGCGAUCCAGAGCGGGCAUCUACCGAUAGUCCGCUUUCUCCACGAAGAAACAGACGUAUUGCAAACUGUCGACGUCCUCGAGCUCGCUGCCAAGCAUGGCCACUACAACAUGGUCGUCUACUUGGCUGGAGAAGGCUACGACGGCGAUUUCUGCCUUCUCGACUAUCCGGCGGCUGACGGCCGCCUCGACAUACUCCAGUUCCUGCACGAAGUGCUUCCCGACAAACGUCUCGAAAGCGCGCUGGUGGCUGCUGCGCGCCGCGGGCACGGGCACAUCGUCGCGUACCUUUUGGCCAAUGGGACCUCGUCCACCAAGGCGCUCGAGCUGGCCGCCAAGCACGGCCAUCUCGAUUGCUGUCAACAAUUGCUCGCCUACGAGCGCACGGCGCACCCGACGCGCGUUUUACCCGUGUCCGUGAUGGUCGCGGCCGUCACGGGCGGCAACAAUGCCAUCAUUGAACUAUUGCAUCCGGUCCAGAUCUGGCCCCACGAGUACAUGGACACGUGUGCGCGGCUGGGUCGGCUCGAUCUUGUCGCGUCGCUGCAUAACCCCGGGUACUUUACGUGCUCCAAAGCGGCCAUGGAUGGUGCUGCGACCAACGGCCACCUGGCGGUCGUCCAGUUUCUAAAAGACCACCGAGUCGAAGGCUGCUCGACGAGCGCGAUCGAUGGCGCUGCUGGAAAUGGCCACAUGGACGUCGUCGUCUUCUUGCAUGGCCAUUGCAACGGAAACGCCUCCUCUUAUGCGUUGGCGUGGGCGGCGAUGGGUGGCCACGAUCUCGUCGUGCGGUACCUGCACAACGUCAUGAAGGCGCCGGUGCUAGAUGAUGCGCCCGAGCGGGCGGCGCGUGGUGGACACUUGAAGGCCGUCCGCUACCUCCACGAAGAAGGACUUGGCCAAUGGACCUCCCGCGUCAUGGACCUCGCCGCCGCCUCUGGCAACUGCGACCUCGUGGCCUUUUUGCACACGCACCGAAGCGAAGGCUGCUCGGCCGCCGCGAUGAACGGUGCUGUGGAGCACGGUCAUCUCGAGGUCGUGCGCUAUCUCCACGAGGUGGCAGGUAUGACGUGCUCGGAGAGUGCCGUGCGCAGCGCCAUUCAGCGUGGUCAUGCGUCGUUGCUGCGAUACCUCGACGCCAGUGGAGUCGACCUCUUGGAGCAUGCCAAGGCGCGGUCGCCGCCGGCAAAGAAACAGCGCACGUCAACCUACGGCCAUGUACCUUCUUGA